UUUUUUUUUGCAAAAGUAAGAUGAGCCUUUAUGUUCUUUUUGGUCAGCAGUGUUUUUCGCCUUUGAACUCUGCCAUGAACGCCAUUUUUGCCCAGUCUCUUCCUUAUUGUUGUGUCGUGAACACUGACCUUACCUGAGGCAAGGGAGGCCUGCAGUUCUGCAGAAGUUGUCCAGAGUUCCUUUGUGGUCUCCUGGAUGAGUCAUUGCUGUUCUCUUGGGGUAGUCUUUUUAAGCCAGCCACUGAUGGCUUACAAAUGGUUCACCACUGUUCCAUGUUUCUCCAUGUGAGGAUAAUGGCUCUCUCUAUGGUUUGCUGGAAUGCUAAAGCAUUAGAAAUGGCUUUUGUAACCCUUUCCAAACUGAUAGAUGUCAAUGACUUUAUUUCUUGAAUGUUCUGGAAUUUCUUUGGAUGGUGUCAUUUUGUUGCAGCUUUUUUUAGCUCUUUUGUCCGACUUGAUUUUGUCGGGACAGGUUCUGUUUAGGCGCUUUCUUGAUUGAACAGCUCUGGAGGUAAUAAGGCUUCGGUGUGAUCAGUGAAAAUUAACCCAAAAUUGUUAUGGGUUAAUGAGGGGGGUAAUUACUGUUUCACACAGGGCAGGGGAACUUUGAAUAGUUGUUUUGUUUUUUGUUUAUAAACGACACCACCAUUUACAAAUAGCCUUAUAAUUUAACUGGAGUUAUAUUUGUCUGAUGUUUACAUUUGUUUGAUGAUCUUAAACAUUAAAGUAGGGAAACUAUGCAAAAAUAUAGGAAUCCAAGAAGGGGGCCGAUACUUUUUCACGGCACUGUGCCUGAAGAAUCUACUUGCACGGCAAUUGUAUAAUUGUAGCAACUUUGUUCCUUCCCACCACCGUUGAACCCCGCUGAUUUUAAAUGGCACUUUUAUUGGUGAAAGUGCAAUACUUGGCAAACAGGCAAGUCACUUUGAAGCCAAACUCGUGUCUCGUAAGGUUGAAGCAGACAACAGUAUAAUGGCGAUGAGCACACAGAAUGCAGCUUUGCUGGCGGCCUCUGCGUUGUGUGCAGCAUCUGAAGGGUUAACACUCAGCCAGGCGGGCGCAAGCGUGCGGCGGAAGACGUCGGAGCCUCCCCCUCGGCCUUCACGAGCGGCUGAAGGUGACUCGAUCUCCUCUCGGCUGGGGGAUGCAGAGGGAGCUGCUGGCGGCGCUUCCGCCCCGCGACACCGUCCUCAACCGGGGAACAUCUGUCGGCUUGAGCCGGGGCUCCAGACGUUGACUGCGCUUGUCUGCAGUGUCCGAGGCGGCGGCGGUGUCUUUGUGCUCUGCAGAGAGGACACAGCAAGCCUUCAGAAGAAGACGGGCGCUCUCUGCAUGCAUGAGUUCUGCACCGAGCGGGCGGAAAAAGCGCCCCAGAUCUGCAGGCAGCGUCUUGCCCAUCACGAGAGGGCUGCAGACGGAGUCGGAGCUCCGGGAGAGCACCGUGGACGGCAGCAGGAUGACUGUGCAGGAAUUCAACACCCUGGUGGCUCUGUACCGAGAACAGGUCAUUUCUGUCGGUGAGAUGUCAGCCGACUGUCCAUCUCUGCGGGCUCAGAUGCACUACACGCGGGCUAAAGGAUGCUCCAUGGCCCGGGCUGCGCACCAAGACCUCGCCCUCAUUGCUGUGUCUGGUCCAGAGGAUGGAGAGAUCCACCCCGAGAUAUGUCGGCUCUUCAUCCAGCUGCAGUGUUGCCUGGAGAUGUUCAUCACGGAGAUGCUGAAGUCCAUGUGCCUGCUGGGGGUGCUGCAGCUUCACAGAAAAAGAACUGACUCAGAGCCGAAGAUGGACUUCAGGGUGGAUGAAAGUUCGGAUGUUCCCAUCCUGGAGGACCGCUCCUCCUCACCCAUUGACUACCCUCAUGAUCCGUGGCUGGUGGGAGUCCAUAUUGAAAACAUAGAGCGAGAUAUGCAGGAAAUGAGAAAUCUGCUCAGCAAACUCAGGGAGACAAUGCCUUUGCCACUGAAAAAUCAAGAUGACAGCAGCUUGUUGAACCUGACUCCACACCCGCUGGUCCGCCAAAGGAAGAGGCGCGUCCCUGGACUCUGCUGCAUGGUGUCUGGUUAACGGUCCGAACUCAAUUCAUUAUGUACUGUAUAGCAACAAUUUUGGUUAUUAUUUUCCUUCCACAGUCCACUAUAGUUCCCUGGUUAGCAGACAUUCCGCUAGCAUUUAAUAAUGAGUGGCUUUUUUCUUUUUCCAUGAACUGCACUAUUAGUGUCACAUCAGCCAUAUCGGCUUUAGUCCUGUUUUGAGGAGGUUAGAAGGUACUUAUGUUUGCAUUAAUCACUCAGUUUUCAACAUAUAUAUUGAAUUAAAUUGUAUAUAUUUGGGCUAUGCACAAGCAUUAUAAUUUUUAUGUUGUUUACCCUCUGUGUCAUAAUGUGUGUCACAAUACACAGUGUUUUAGUCGCAUACAUUAUGUUUCACAGCCGUUACACACUGUGGACAAAAUAGUGUAUCAGUGUUAUGUUGCAUACACACAACUGGUUCCAAUUAUGUGUUUCGUUUUAGAGAGUGUGAAUGGGAAUUACACUUAGUAUCUGAUAAGUCAAACCGUGUUUCUUUGUAGCUGCGGUUCAUCGUCGAUUUCACCCUUAUAGUGUUGAUGCAUGGUUGUAUUGGUUGCUUGGUCUAUCUGGUGCUGACUAUCGACAAUGACCAUCUCAAACUGCAAGAUUUAUUAGCAUGUAAAUGACUUUUACUGAUCCCCCACUGUUGCCGUUUCCACCACCAGUUAAAGAUCAGACUGUCCAGUAUAAAAAAUAAAAUGAAAUAAAAAAUUCCAAUCCAAAUUUUCCAUUGACUGCCAGUUAAAACAAAACUGGCCACAUCUGACCUUGUCUGUGUCUAUAUUAUUCCCCCUGAACCCUGAGUGUUAAUCGUCAAAGUCUCCAUUCAUUAAUAAAGAUUGAAUUAUGUCAUGAGUUUUCUAUUAUGCACGCAUGAAUUGAACAUUGCCCCCACUAGUGGACAAUAGUAGACCUUGCAGUCGUUUUUAUUCGCACAGCAUGCCAAACAUCUUAUUCAGCUUUAUAUCAUUUCAUUUGGAAGAGUCCCCACCCUCACAUAGACGGAACACGAUUACACUAAAAGACUAAAUUCACGUAUAACAUUGAUCUGUUCGUUUAUCACUGAAUGUAAAUGAAAUGUAUUGUAUUCAUUUGUAAAGUUGUUUACGUGUAACCUUUCUUUUCAUGUGUGAUACUAUAUAUAUAUAUAUAUAUAUAUACAUACAUAUAUAUAUAUAUAUAUAUAUUAUUAUCAUGGCAUGUAUUGUGUAGUUAGGGUCCUUGUAGACAAGCAUCAGCUAUGUAUGUACAGCUUAAUUUUAUAAUGUGAAU